AGACGGAUAACUUUGUGUACACCAUCCUAUUAUACAAACACAUUCUAAUUACAUUUUAUUCACAAGACACACGCUUCAGGAUGUAUAGAAACCAGUACGACACAGACUGUAUAACAUGGUCUCCACAAGGCCGUCUAUUCCAGGUGGAAUACGCCAUGGAGGCCGUAAAACAAGGGAGUUGUUGCGUCGCAAUAAAGUCUAAUACACACUUGGUCCUGUCUGCCAUAAAACGCAAAGUCUCAAAGCUGGCCCAAGUGCAAGAUAAACUAUACAAGGUCGGCGAUUAUAUCGGUGUCGCUAUGUCUGGUAUCACAUCAGAUGCCAAGAUGAUCAUUUCAUACAUGAGGAACGAGAAUUUGAACAACAAGUUCCUCUACGGAACAGAUAUAACUGCCAAGAAGCUGGUUUCACUUGUCUCUCAGAAAUCACAGGCAAAUACUCAGGUCUCCUCCAAGAGACCAUUUGGAGUCGGAUUGCUAGUCGCUGGCUACGACCCAAAUUCCGGCCUUGAACUCUUUGAGACAUGCCCUAGCGGCAACGUUAUCGAGUUUAACGCUACGGCGUUUGGAGCUCGUUGUCAAUCGGCAAAGACGUACUUGGAAAGGAAAUUUGUAAACUUUGCGGAAUGCGAUUCCAACACUCUGAUAUAUCACGCCAUCAGGGCACUAAAGACCACGAUACCAAACGAUGGAGAGUUUGAUAGUGACGUUGUUUCGGUGGGUAUUGUAGGCAAGGGACAGCCAUGGACAAUUUUGGAUGGAGCUCAAGUCGACGUUUUUAUCAACACGGUACAUCAUCUAUGCUUACACAUUGACGUAAUUGUGCAGAUAAAAGAGGAAGAUGACCAAUCAGCCGCAGACAACGACGAAGUUAUGCAGGAAUAA